AUGACAUCUAUAAAAAAUGUUACAGGUGUUAGGCACAAUGUUUUCCGUUUAAAUGCUCACAAAAAAAUUAUUUAUAAUCGUCUCAGACGAUUUAACUGGCCCCCAGAAGAUUGUUCCACUAUACACCCUAUUGAACCGUAUGGAAAACAAUUUUUCGUUUUUAAUGCCUUUAAAAGAGAUGUCAAGUUUGAUAACGAAAUGUCUACCUCAGUUACCCCAUUAUUGAAUUCUAAUAAUGAGAAAAUUGCCUCUGAAACUGUUUUGUGUGUUUGCGAUUUUGCGAAGAGGCCCUUAAUGUUUUUAAACUAUUUGGAUUUCAAAAUAUUACAAGAAAAUAUACAUAAAAUUAAGGAAGGAUUUCGAAAACUUGAUGAAAACACAGAGAAGGAAAAUUAUUUGGAUACAAAAUUUGGCUUAAUGUUAAAGUACAAUAUAAAUAAGACUUACGGUAUGCAGAGAGUUAAGAAAGGUGAACAUAACUCCUGGGGUAUGAAGAAAGGUGUAUUUAGAAGUAGAAAAACAUAA